AUGGCAGGCUCACUUUAUCAGACAGUUAAGUUUUACUUAAAAUCAGUAAUUUUUGGUGCUCUUCUUGCUGGGUGUGCAAUAUAUGGGGUCAUUGCAUCGAUAGCGUUGAGGCUAGUAGGUAAGGUUGAUUAUGCACAAUACACAGUGGCCAGAGCAUUCUUUUAUUCUUUGAAACUUUUCCUUGGUAUCAACAUAAAGGUGAAGAAUGAACACUAUUUGAAAAACUUGCCGGCUGUUGUUGUCUCAAACCAUCAAUCUGCAUUAGAUGUUCAAGUAUUGGGGAGAAUCUUUCAACCUGGAUAUACAGUGACAAGUAAAAAGUCAUUGGCAUAUGUACCAUUUUUGGGUUGGUUUAUGGCUCUUAGUGGUACCUUUUUCUUAGACAGGGCAAGGUCAAGCAAAGCCAAAAAAGUGUUGGAUGGUGCAUUACAGUUAUUGAAACAACAACGGCGUGCAUUAUUCAUGUUUCCAGAAGGUACCAGGUCGGGCACAGAGAAGUUGAAUAUGUUGCCAUUCAAAAAGGGUGCUUUCCAUUUGGCUAGGCAGGCUGGAAUCCCAAUAAUACCUGUGGUUGUCUCAAACACAUCUACCAUUUUCAAUGCAAAGAGAAAGAUUUUCAAUACUGGGGAGAUUCAAAUUGAAGUCUUGCCUCCAGUACCUACGAAGGAUUUGGAAACGAACGAAGACGUUACCAAAUGCUGUGAAAAAGUGAGAAGUGACAUGAUCAAAACCUUGCAAAAAGUGGGGUACUCCUGUGCUCCUGGAGUUAAACCAAACGAGGAAUUCCAACCACCAGAGGAAGAUGUCGAGACAGAUACAGAGGUUGAGGUUAUCAGUGAAAAUACACCUUUAAUUUCAGGAGAUUAG